UAGAACCUCACACACUCGUACUCAUUUACGUACAUAUAUAUGUUCUGUAUCUAUCUAUCUAUCUAUCUAUCUAUCUAUCUAUAUAUUCAUCGUCGAUUUCAUUCAAUCGCUCGCCGGAAAAUCGCCGAUCAACUCCACCAUCGACUCGGUACGAACCCUAAUCCGAAACACUUCCAUUUUCAAUCGUUUUUCCAAUCCAAUCGAGAUGGUAUAACAAACCAGUCACUGAUGUGUAUUUCUCAUCGAAACCAACGAGCUCUGAUUGGAAAUAAUGCAAUUGUUGAGCUCGAACUACUCGAGAAGCAAAAUUUUCACUUUUUUCGAUUCCAUUCUCUACAUUGCUCGAAGGGAUUCCAAUAUUUUCUCUGGCGUUGCUUGUUUCAGUUGUUUCCCCAAUCCUCAUCACUCUGAGGUUUGGUUUGUUAAGGUUGUUUGCACUCUCUGUGUACGAUCCUCAGCUACGUCUCUUGAUAUUCUGGGUUCUGAUUAUUUCUGCAAGAACUUGAAUCCAUUGAUAGCAUUUGGAGUUAUCAAACGUUUAAGUAAUAACAACUACGAUAAUCCCAAGUUAGCUUUUGACUUCUUCGACUUUACUAGGCUCAAUUUGAGUUUCAUUCAUUCGAUUGCGACUUAUAAUUUGCUUUUAAGGUCUCUUUGUCAAAUGGGUCUUCAUGACUUGGCUAAAUUGGUAUUUGAGUACAUGAGGAUUGAUGGGCAUUUAUCUGAUAGUUCAAUUUUAGGAUUCUUGGUUUCGUCAUUUGCACAUGUGGGUAAGUUUGAUGUGGCCAAAGGUUUGCUUACUAAUGUUCAAUCUGACAGUGUAGAGAUUACUUCUUUUGUGUGUAAUAACUUGUUUAGUCUUUUGGUGAAUCGAAAUCGGGUAGAUGAGGCUGUUUCCUUCUUCAGAGAGCAUAUUUUGAGGUCGCAAUGCUAUUGUCCUGACACUUGCACAUUCAAUAUUGUAAUUCGAGGUUUGUGUAGAGCGCGUGAAGUUGAGAAAGCUGUUGAGUUUUUCAACAACAUGAGGAGUUUUGGUUGUUCGCCUGAUAUUAUAACGUACAAUACACUUAUAAAUGCAGUAUCUAGGGUUGGCGAGGCAGAUAGAGGUUGUGAGUUAUUGAGAGAAAUUCAGUCUGGAAAUGAUUUUUCUCCAGAUGUUGUAAGUUAUACAUCAGUGAUAUGUGGUUAUUGCAAGAUGGGUAAUAUGGAGGUGGCUUCAAAUAUUUUUCAUGAGAUGAUUAGUUCUGGAGUUAAACCAAGUCUGGUUACUUUCAAUGUUCUCAUUGAUGGUUUUGGCAAAAAUGGUGACAUGUCAUCUGCACUGAAUAUUUAUGAGACGAUGCUUUUUCUUGGUUGCCUUCCUGAUGUUGUCACCUUCACGUCUCUAAUAGAUGGUUAUUGUCGGACUGGACAGGUGGACCAGGGAUUGAGGCUUUGGGAUGAAAUAUAUGCAAGAAACUUGUCUCCUAAUGUGUAUACUUUUGCAAUUCUUAUCAAUGCUUUGUGCAAGGACAAUAGACUAAGUGUGGCUCGAGAUUUAUUGAAACAGUUGAGACGGAGGAGGGAUAUUGUCCCCCAAACAUUUAUUUACAACCCUGUGAUUGAUGGGUUUUGUAAGGCUGGUAAUGUGGAUGAAGCAAAUGUGAUUGUUGCAGAAAUGGAGGAGAAGAGAUGCAAGCCUGAUAAACUGACCUUCACCAUUCUCAUUAUUGGGCAUUGUAUGAAGGGAAGAAUGCCUGAAGCAAUAAGCAUGUUUAAUAAGAUGUUAGCAAUUGGUUGUGCUCCGGAUAGAAUUACGAUAAAUUCUUUGAUAUCUUGCCUUUUGAAGGCUGGGAUGCCUAACGAAGCGUAUAGGAUAAAACAAACUGUAGCAGAGGACUUGAACUUGGAAAUGACAGCUUCGAGGAGAAAUGUGCCUCUCAGGAAAAAUAUGGACAUUCCAGUGGCUGUUUAAUUGAAAAGGUUGUUUUGCUAGUGCAUAUGGUCUUGUGGACCUGGCAAUUGCAUGACGUCCUUCCACUAGUAUGCUUCAAAUAUGAACGUACACUUCCAACUCACGGCAUAGAUAAGCUAGCAAGCGGUACGUACGUGAUGAACGGACUUGGUUAAGCUUUUGCAGCUUACAUAUGAGGUUUAUUGGUCAAAUUCAUAAGGAGUUGGAUUAUUGGCAGUACUGGUUAUAAUAAAGUGUUUAAUAUUAGUUAAAUUUGGGCAUCUUUUAUAUUUCAGUUGUAUGCUCUGACAAUAUUUAGUUAAUUUCUUCUUUUGGUUGCAACAAUUUAUUUGCAGAAUGCAGAUGGGCAAGUUUGGAGGCAGAUGAGGAUAUUGUUGGUAAAGCAGUGAUCGGUCAAGCUGGAACUCCCAGAAUGGCAUUGCUCAACACUUGCUUCAGCUUUACAACACCAUCUCCAAUAUCAACGAACGUGAAAGAAAAAAAAGAAAGUGGAAGCACUAUAACAAGGACAGGAGAAAAAUAAGUAGAAGACGAGGAAGAAAGCAAAAUUGAUGAAACUGUCUUCUGUCGUGUGGACGAUUUUCUUAUGAAGGUAAGAGAAGCUCUCUGCAAAAGAAAAAUAUAAGGUUGAGGACUAUGGUUGAUUUAUACCGACCAACAAAGCAUAUAAACUUUGUUUGUAAUGGCAUUUCCUAUUUUGAUUUACAAAUGGCUAGUCUUGAUUCCUAACUGUGUAUCUUCAUCCCCCGUGAAUAGUGCCUUGCUGAAAAUAUUCAUCACCAUUUUUGCCCCUUUCAUCUAAUGUUAGAAUGACUGUUUCUUCAGUACAA